GGAGAAAGAGUGUGUGUGAGAGAGAGAGAGGACGGACGUAAUCAGGAUCAGCGGAAGACAGGAUCCAGGCUUCCAGUAGCAACCGAAAGCGCUUAAUAAGCACCUCAGAAAGCCUUCCAGCGGCCAAGCACUGGAUUAAAAACACGUCCUCUUGGUCUGCAUUGAAGAUCUCCAGGUGUCAUGUCAGAUUUGUCUUGCGUGUAGACUGCGCUCUCAAAAGCUGCUGUGAGAUUAAAGUUGAUCGCCAGACGGAGCCACGUUCAAGAUAUAGUGUGUGUGUGUGUGUGUGUGUGUGUGUGUGUGUGUGUGUGUGUGUGUGUGUGUGUGUGAGUGUGUGUGUGUGUGUGAGAGAGAGAGAGAGAGAGAGAGAGAGAGAGAGAGAGAGAACGACCGUGCGUGCGUCCGUGCGUAAAAACCGGAGUGUGUUGGAAGACAAGCGACGAUGUUACGCGACUCGUGAGACUUGCAUCUUAUCACCCAAAACGACUUCAGCAAUAUUUUUCCACAAAUGCUGUAUUCCUGAUGGCUGGAGAAAUCUGACCCAUUGUCAUACAUCUGAAGACAAAAGGAAGUGAGUGGACAUUGUUCAUAGCCCACGUGGGGCUGAACAUAAAAGCAAAAAAAAAGGUAUCAUGUCUUCCAGAGAGCGCCGCUCAGAGCUGCACAUAAAGGCUGAGCCCAGCAGUCCGGAGGGCGGAGGUGUCGGCGGGAGGACGAGCCCCGGAGGCGUCUCUUCUGAUUCCUCUCAGAGCGGUGGCGGAGGCAUACGGGGGGAAGGAGCUGUGCGCUACUCCUCACCUGUAUACAGCCCAGCACUUCGAUGCCACUUUAAGGAAGAUGCAGCCGACGGUGCAGACGAGGGCUCUACAGGCAGCAGCGGCGGGCGCUGUAAAUACGCCCUGAGCACUCUUCCUAAGAGGCUUUGCCUCGUAUGUGGUGACGUGGCCUCCGGCUACCACUACGGCGUGGCCUCCUGUGAAGCCUGCAAGGCGUUCUUCAAGAGAACUAUCCAAGGGAACAUUGAGUACAGCUGCCCAGCAUCCAACGUGUGUGAGAUCACCAAGAGACGCAGGAAGGCCUGCCAGGCAUGUCGCUUCACAAAGUGCCUGAAAGUGGGCAUGCUCAAAGAGGGAGUUCGUCUGGACCGGGUGAGAGGAGGAAGGCAGAAGUACAAGAGGCGGCCAGAAGUGGAGAACGCCGUGUACCAGAGCACACCAAUAGCUGUAAAGAAAGAAGGGGAAAGAGGCUCCCCCAGCAUCAUCGUGUCACAUCUGCUGGUAGCCGAGCCUGAGAAGCUGUUCGCAAUGCCGGAUCCAUUGCAGCCCGACACGGCUCAGCGCACCCUUACCACACUUUGUGACCUCGCUGACCGCGAGCUCGUCGUCAUCAUUGGCUGGGCCAAACAUGUCCCAGGAUUUCUCUCUCUCUCCCUGGCUGACCAGAUGUCUGUACUGCAGUCUGUAUGGUUGGAGGUGCUGGUACUAGGAGUGGCGUAUCGCUCUCUGGGCUGUGAGGACGAGGUGGUGUUCGCUGAAGACUUCGUGCUGGACGAGGAGAUGUCACGUGUGGCCGGCUUGACGGAGCUCAAUGCAGCCAUCUGCCAGCUGGCACGUCGUUUUAGGGCCCUGCAGCUGGAGCGUGAGGAGUUUGUCAUGCUAAAGGCUAUCGCUCUCACUAACUCAGACUCGGUCUACAUAGAGGACAUUGAUGCUGUACAGAAGCUGAGGGAUCUCCUGCAUCAGGCUCUGUUAGAGCUGGUGGUGCAGCAGCGUCCGGAAGACCCGCAGCGCGCCGGCCGUCUUCUCCUCACGCUGCCCCUCCUCCGGCAAACCGCCAACCGUGCACUCAACACUUUCUACAGUAUCAAGACCCGUGGAGGUGUGCCCAUGCAUAAACUCUUCCUGGAGAUGCUAGAAGCCAUGAUGGACUCCCCUUAGAGUGAGGUACACAAUGAGGUGAACAAUGGGUCAGCGAAAAAAAAGAAAGGAAUAAAGUAAUCUUUUUUUUUCUUUUUUUUUUUCUUUUUUUUUUUGUAAGAUGAAGAAACCCCAAAUACAGUGACUGAAAGGCAAGUCAAAAGUCUCUUCAAAUAUUCAUAUGUGAAAGCUUUGAUAUCGAACAGCAAGAUAGACGAUUUCUUGGUUUUAUUGAGCUUAUUUCUCCUGUCAGUCAAAACAUUCACUCGAUUUUUGGAAUAAUUUUAGCAAAAGCUACAUGGAUAUCUUGUUAGUUAUCAAACACCUUCCUAGUGAUUGCUUUAACAAAUAGGACCUUCCAUCAUGUUAACAUUUACGGGCUACAGCGUUGCAAGAAAGUGACGUUCGGGUGGUUUUCAUGCUGAAUUCGAGUGCAGGUCAUCAUUUCUGACCCACUUGAUUCUGUCAAACCCCGGUGUAUUUGUCUUCAUCUUACGUCGUCACAAACACACGGAGAACACAGCGAGACUCACCACCGGUGCUUUUAAGCGCAAGUAAUUCUCCUUACCUCAUCCGUCUCCCACAACCUUCCCCUGCCACUCAUAGCACACGUGUGUUGUGGAAGCUAUUGAUGUCAUGAUCGGCUAUAACACAAGCACACGAUGCGUAUACAAGUUCGCGUUCACGGGAAUCACAGCACAGUUCCGGUGCAACCGAACACGGUUCGAUGCCGUGACGGCUUUGACGUUAUUAAUUUUUUAUUCUCUGUUUCAGACUAAACCUCCAGUGUGAAUACCUCCUUAGUUACUCCUAUAUGAAAGCUCCUUCACGUGUAGUUCCCUCUUGUGAAACUGUAGCUAAGCCAUACAAAACACCACACCGAGACAUUAAUCCAUUAGGUGACCUCAUAAAGAGCCAUGUUUUAACCUUUUUGCAGUCACACUUGGGUGUGCGGGUGUGUGUGUGUGUAUGUGUGUGUGUGUGUGUGUGUGUGCAUGUGCGUGGUUCCUUGAUUUACCCAGAUAGUUUUGCGGUUUGAAUCGAAAUAUGCAAGACAUGUACAGGAAUGUUAGACCUACAGGGUGAACAGGGGAUUUAGUAAAUUAGGAGUUACAUGUGGCCGGAGCAGAAAUAUAGUACAUGCUAUAACAUGCAAUAUAUUUUAAAGCAAUAUGUAUAAGAAGUGCAAGUCAUGCAUUUUUCCGUACAGAGGGGGCGCUGUUAACUCGAGACUUUUAUUCCGUUCAAGUUCUCUAAUGUAGUGGUACACAAAGGGAAUGCUGUCAAAUAGGACACCGCUCUUCUUUACGCAGUAAUGCACUCUUUAUAUUUUAGCAGUCACUUCCACAGAGUGAACAGCUAGAGAAUCUUGAACUUUCUACAUGCGUUUGUGUGUGUGUGUGCGUGUGUGUGUGUUUUAUGUGCAGUGUGCGAGUGCACAGAUGCGUUGGUGCAUUUAGAUCAGGGUAAAAGAGCCACCUCGGGCCCUGUAGGCCAGCUGGCUUUGUACAUGGAGUCUGCUGCUGUGCUGAGGAAAAGAUGUUGUUUUCUAAUCCACCUGAAAGGACUGAGCACGAACUCAUGCUAAAGCUAAAGCUCAAAGCUUCACCUUGUUCUCCAUGUGACCAAUACAAUAUUUAACACUGGGAGCCCACACAGGAGACGCCGCCGAGACUGAUGUUAGUUGUUCUGCCUCUGCACUCUGAAUCUUCCCUCUGAAUGAAUGAGAAGGAACUGAUUCAGGAUUGAGAUGGAGUGAAACUUGAAUCCUCAUGACGGACGUUGAUGCGUCGUGUGCGCCGUAAGACUUUCACUGUAUCUGAGCAACACUCGGUACAACACGCAGAGCCUCACAAUACCAAGUAUAAAAAAAAAAAUAUCCCUCACAGCCCCUCGACCAUCCUGGAAACGUUUUAUCGAUGUUGUGUCGGUCACCGCUGUUUCCGAGCCGUUUAUUUUGGGGUGUUUGCUUUACAGACAUGUGUCUGGUAUUAUAUGCAAUCAUUUUCAGAGCCCUACAACUCUGCUACCUUUUUAUUUUUUAUUACUACUUAGAAUUUUUUUUUUAUUUGCAUUUUAAAAACUCAACAGUAGGAAGAAAAGCCAACUGCUGUCCAGGCCAAGGGAGAAUAAAGAAGAGAAUCGAACCACUAAUCAACAGAUUCAGACCUCUGAGAUUGCAGUGUGUCUUCAGGGUGCUUUUCACUGUUUGUUUGUAAUAACGAUUGUUUGUGUACAAGUUUCGCUUGCAUCGACGUCCCCUACGCAAGCCGCUCCUGAUUCUAGGCAGUGAUUGGAUUUUUCUUAGACAAUUUCCAAUUAAAGUAAGCUUUUAAUUAUCUUGUAGGAAACCCCAGUCCGAUACGCCAUGGAUGCUCUAGUCUGAGUUUCCUUUUCUCUUUUGUGGUUUGUUUAAAUUUGACUGACUUGAAACGUAGACUUUCUUCCCCACAUAUUACAUGUCCUCAAGCUCGGUACUAAAAUAAAGCAAUCUGAUUGAAUGUUGUAAAAUAUAUUACUUUUUCAUGUUUAGUUAUUGUUAUUCUUUUUGUUGUUUUUGUUUUGUUUUUUUCCUCUUCGCAGUUUUGUCACUGAGUGCUAACAACUAAAGAAUAACAAAAGCCAGGGAAAGAUACGUUAAUGUGUUUAAACGUUACUUAGAAAUAAUCAGAAUAAUAUUGCAGAUUUCAGGCAGCCGACAUGUAACGUCGAACAUUUCUUCUCUUUACUGUCUCUAUCUAGCAUGGCAUCAGUCCUGUUACCUGGCCAAAAUCUCUCUUUCUUUUUUCCCCCCGUAACCUUAUCAACACUAAAAUACUUUCUGGCUUAGUUUCUGAGUCUUUUCGUCUUUGGCAUACAGAGAGAAACACGUCUCUCUGUUCCUGGUCAUGUUGCAGAAUGUGUACAAAACUAUAGAUGUCCGGGUACAUUCAAAGGAAGCUGUAAACAACGUCAAUGUUUGUGUUAAUAAUAAUUAUAAUAAUAGUAAUAAUAAUACAUAACGAUAUUAGCAAAUAUAAUUCUAAUACAUUAGUGUUUUCAUCGACUAUCAACAUUGUAUGAUGCCAUUUUGUAAAUGUCGAAUUUAGAUGAGAUUUUGGGACAUCCGUCAGUGGGGACACAUCAUUUAGAAAUCACUUAAAGUCACGGGUAGCUGUUAGUGUGUCUGUGUAUAUUUAUGUAAAUGAGCAAUACCAGAAUUUACCAAAACUCUGUUUUCACAUGUCUCUGUAUAGUGACCUACUGUAAAUCAAACCUCAGCAGUAAUAACAGUGUUAAAAAUCCACAGAAAUGAUACAGCUUAUAAGGUAAUGAACAAAUCAAUGUUUGUAUUUUAAAAUAUUGUAUUUAAAAGAUUAAAUUCUAUUUUUUACUCAAUUUGCUGAUGUUUAUUAAUAUUAUUUGGUUGUUUUUAUUUUCUGUGGGUUUUAGUAUAAUGAUCGUGGAUGUCUCUGUGUGCUGUUAUUUUUUUUUUGUUGCGUAAAGCUAAAUGGUUCUGCAGUAGUGACUUUCAGCAAUUUGUUCAUAUUGAAUCACUGUGAUUUAAAAGGCAAACACUAAAACACCACAGGAACUUAGGUACUUCAAGGUAUUGUCAGUGUCAUGUGUUUUUUUUUGUAAUAAAUUAACACACGUCAGAA